AUAUGUAUUAAGAUGGCGGCUUCCACAGACUUUUAUCUGCGCUACUAUGUUGGCCAUAAAGGAAAAUUCGGACACGAAUUUUUAGAGUUUGAAUUUAGGCCCGACGGUCAGUUUCUUUGUCUUUUUUGUAGACCUUGGGUGGAUUCUUAAGUACAUUUUUACUUUUAUAGCAUUUUUGUUUCUUAUUUAUUGUGAGGCUUAGUUAGCCAACCUUGUUUCAAAUUCAAUUGUUCUGUUAUUUGUCUUGUAAUUUCAAUCAAUUACACGUUAGUACUACAAACUAGUCUAGUCUAGUUGAAGUUAUUACUAAUUACUAAUAUUACUAGUUAAUAAUUAUUUAAUAAAAGUUAUUAAACAAACAGUUAUUACUACUAUUACCUAUACUAGAUACUUUGUAAACAUUUUGUAAAAAUAAACCAAUGGCACAGUUGAAUAGAGCUAAUUUUUUACAGAAUUAUAACACCAAAAUCAUAUUUUUAGCUUUUGUAGUUUUAAAUUUAUGAAUUUUUAAAGUACGACUUGGUUUGUCCUUUUUUAACAUGGACUUGGACUGCAUCUCCUCAUUCCGCUGAUCGCGUCAUGCACAAUGACUAUAUAGUUUAUAUAAGGCAAUGCAUUCCCUUAUCACUAAAAUACUGUUUAGGGUCGACUUAUUUUAAACUUUCAACUUUGGCACAUGAAUAAUUAAUUAAAGCUUUCCCUGACCAAUGGUUUAAUAGCUUUUGCACAUGGCAAACUCUUAUGAAUGAAACUCUGAGAUAGUACUACGAUAUAGCCGUUAUGCAAGUGGCUGUGAAUGUUUGCCAAUGACAACGUGUUGCACAGGAAAAACUCUGAUCAUUUAUAAUAUGGACUCUACAGGGUUUUUAAAGCUCAAAUUAAAACAUUCCAGUUUAAAUGUUUUGAAAAUGCAUUCUGAAACACAAAUUAUAAAAUAUUUUGAUGUAUAUAAUAUAUAGUGGUAAUAAUUAAAUAUUUCCUAAGUAUCGGCAACUUCCGCCAUUAAAAAGGGGGUGUGGCCCAAGUCAUGUCGAAAUAGGCUGAGCCACCUUAUGGUGAUAUGGGUCACUGUGACAAGCGUAACAAACGUGAGACACGACCUACAUCAAUGAAACUUGGCACAGAUAUAGAUCAAUAUCUAAUGCUCAUACAGAUUUAAUCAAAAAGGGCCUUAUCUUAUUAUUUCACAAAAAAUUUUGAUUGCGAAGAUAAUAAUAAUAAAUAAUAAUAAAGUUCAUUUCAAAAACACGCUUCAUCCCCAAAGGCCUUAUAUAUACCAAAGAUUUUCAAAAUAAAGGUCGAUUGAAAAAAGCAAAAUAGCUGGCUAGAAAUGUAGGCCAAGAUGUCUUCCAAAUUAUAAGGCCGGAAACGGAACUCAAAUAUAUGUCGAAAGAACUAAUUUAAUAAUAAAUAGACACACACAUCGGAAAAUUAAAAACUCGGAUUUUUCGGCGCCGAUGCCCAUUUCCGAUAGAAAAAAGUAGUAGUCUCCCUUGUUUCAUCGAAGUGCCUACCUAUACUAGUUUGUAGACAACCACACCAUUGACACUAAGUGAAUUUUUAACUUUUUAAGUAGGAUAUGCCUGGUAUUUUGCUAAAUGAAAAUGUCAUAAUAAAAUUCAACUGUUAGUAUUGACUAUUCCCAUCAAUGUUUAAAUAGAGCUUGGCUUAAAUACAGGGUCCCGUGGCUUCCUGGAAAUCUCCUGAAAUUUGAAAAAAUUGAUAAAAUCCUGGAAAACUCCUUAGGACAUUUUUGUUUCCACAGAGGGAGGGGGAAAAAAUCUUAGUUGCAUUAGUCAUUUUAUUUAUUUUUUGUCUAUUCAAUUCGUAGUCUAUUUUUAGCCCUUCUUUUAUCAAAAUGAGUUUGCCAUAAAUCAAUAUUAAUAAUAAUUCUAGUGGUUUUCCCUUAAUUGCGCAUGCGCUUUACGAGUUUCGAAUAUGAAAUGUCAUACCGUAAUGCUUUGACAGACCAGAAUUUUUUUGUUCUGUUUAGUUCGCCGUUCAACAGAUUUUCUUGGUAAGUAUAGGGUAAAAUACAGUAUAUAGAUAUUUAAAUGUAGUUUUUUAAAAAAAUAUUCAGUUAACUAUUUUAAAUAGAAAACUACACGCUCGAUCGCUGUAUAAAUUGAUUAAGCUUAGUCUACAAAUUUUUUUAAUUUGAUUUUCUAACAGUUUUACUGUAGGUUGUCCAAACUGGAGAAAAAAAGAUUUUUUGUUAUAGGGUCAUUUUUUCAGGUCGAAAUUUUCAACAACAACAAAAUAAAUAAUUUUUUAAAAUUUUGUUAAAUUAAAACCUACUUAUAGAAGUAGAGUUAAAGUUAAGGAAAUAAAAUUUAUGCUCGCGGCUGUUCAAGUUAUCUUAGCCAUAGGUCUACACCAACCUGGUGACCAAAGGAGAAGAAUUUGAAUUUGAUUUAUAAAUAUUAAUAAACUUGAAACUCGACGCAUAUUUUUUAAAAUAGAGUUUUAGUGCUAGGCCUUUAACUUUAUUCAAGUUCAGUUUAAUUAUUAGAGUAGGCCUUCUAAAUAGGCAAAUAUUAAACAAAAAAUUAAGUUACAAGUAUGUUAUUUUUGCGUUCAUAGUUUACAAUGACUUCAGAACUUCAUUUCAAAUUAUUAAAACUAGCUGAUGCAUCCAUUGAGCCUCACAUGACUUUACAACUUAGUUAGUCCUUAUUUAUACCCGUAGUUAAAAAUUAACAAAUGCACCCCUGUGCUCUAGGUAUGCUUUGGAGUAUUAUAUGCUUAGGUGUGUUGGGGGGGGGGGGGGGAGACUUAAGAGAUUUUUUAAAAAUUGGUUGCUUGCUUGGUUGUUGACCCAUUCCCCUGUUCAAAUUCGGACUUAGCCAUUACAGAGGCCGAUGCCUAUCUUAGUUUCUCUUCUGCCUUUGUAUUAUUAAUAAACGGUGUAAUACAGUCUAUAUUAUGUUAACCCUACUGUAGACCUAGUUUGAUAAUAUAUUAAUUAUAUUUUGUUUCACUAUUCAGGGUCUAGGGUAAAUAAAAUAAUCCCCAACAGUUCCUUUGAAGACUGAUGGUUAAAAUAGCAAUCCUGAUUGAACAAGCCAUCACUGCUACUCUAUACUAGAAAUUAACUCUGAACUGAGUCCAUUCCAAGCUAGUGAGCUGGAGAUCAAUCCCCAGUAAAUGCCCAGACAAGUAAAAACAUCACCAGCAUGCCGGGUAGAUGGGACUCGUUAACCUUGAAUGGCAACUCAUCUUAGAGAAGGCAAACUCUGAAAUCAAACCUGGAGAUGGAGUCCCAUAGGCAUUAUGACAUUGACACAAUGAAAAUUCUGACAAACUCCUAUGAUGUAGAAGCAUAAAGAGCAUAGUGAAACAUACACACUCACUGCUGGUAAUCUACUGCAUCCUGGUCUAUACCAGUUGUCUUGACUAAUCUUGCCAUUUAUUUAAAUAGGCACGGACGAGAGAGUGGUUCUGACGAAUUAAGCAACUCUCCCUAAAUUUAAACAAAAUACACCUCACCUCAAGGCGACUGCUCCAGACUUCAUGAUCUUUAUGUGACCUGAACGAACAACAAUACUGGAAAUAUUGAUAUCAAGUAUAUUUGCAGGACAGUUCUCGGAUGCCAUGAGGGAAAUAAAUAUGACUUACUUGUGAUUGAAAUUUAUUGUUUUAUAAAUUUAUUAGUUGUUUGUUGUCAAACAUCAAGUACAUCUUAUCAGAAACAAAUUACUCAAUUGUGUGUGAGCUUGGGACCAGAGUGUCUAUACCGGUAUAUCCUUAAAUCAAAUAAUUGCUAUAGCAUUAGCAGUCCUUAGAGUAAGAACUGGCACUAUAUAAGUGCAUUUAUGAUCUGUUACUACAAAAAAUUGUAUAAACGUAAAGGGUUUUAAAAAAAUAUUUUAAAAUGCCCUGGAAUUUGGUAUUUUCUCCUGGAAAAGUCCUGGAAAACUUCUGGAAUUUUUUAUUAGAUUUGAUGCAGGAAACCUUAAAAUACAGAACCACAGACCUGUUUACUCUUACGAUUUUGGCGUACAAUGUACGAUUUUUAGAUGUCUUUUACGAUUGUACGCCGAGACCCCCCAAAACUACGAUUUUCAGAGACCCGGUGAAAAAAUAUUUGUGUAAUUUUGUCCGAUUUAAAAAAAAAAAUUAAACAUUUUCGGUUGUGGAAGCUUUAGCCCUUAUGGCCCCGCAUUGAAUGGACCCAGAAAAACGAUGGGUUUUUGUAUAUUUUUUUAAUAGUUGGGACCAUCCUUCAUUAUAUUAUAUACGCACUGAAAGGGGAGGUGGCGGUUGUUGAUUAAAGAGAUUGGUGGCAUACCAGAAACACGGGUUGGGGGGGGGGUAGGAAAGGUGGGAGUUUCAAAAGAUAUAAAAAUAUCACCGCAACGCAUCCUAUUGAUGGUGGUGAUGGUCUUAGUGUUGCUUUGCGUGUCACAGUGAACCAGCUAGCUGUGUCAGCAGCAAUCUUUAGGCUAGUCGCCUGGCAACAACUUCACUCACCACCUCAUUGGACUGCUACUGCUAGCAAGCGUGUGUUCGUCUGAACCGCGGGGAUUGUGAAGAGAGAAAACUAGAGGUGUGAGAUUUAGUCAGUGGCAUUAAAAAAAAUAUUUUAGAUCUCGCAAAGCAGCUCUAUCCAGAGGCGUAGCGAGCGGGGGCAGGGGGGGGACAGAUUCCCAGAGCGCCAGCUAGUUAGGGGCAUGUUUCUUUCAGAAAUUUUCCCCAGGGGGGAGCACUUCAGAUUUUCAAUAAAAGGGGUACUUCAGAUUUUUCGGGGGGUGGGGGGCAGAGCCAGCAGUUCCAGUUGAUUUAUUGUUGGACAUAUUUUUGCUCCUGGGGGCACUUGGCUUUCCCCGGGGGAGGUGCCCCCCCCCCCGGAGAUAUAGCUGAAAGAAACCCUGUUUAGGGGCGCCAAAAUGUGCUUUGAUAUUAUUUUAUUGAUGAAAAUAAUGGGCUUGAGAGUUGAAAAAAAGAAAAAGGGGCACUUUAAAAUGGAUCUUGUCCCCGGGCGCCAAACACCCUCGCUACGCCUCUGACUCUAUCCCCCUCAACAAUUUUAAUACAAUUAAACAGUUUUGUAUCACUACUGCUACUACUGCGCCCCCCCCCCCAUUUUUGUUUACAGCUUGUGGUAGUUACUGGUCUCUGAUACUAUAGCAGUGGUCGGCAAGCCGCGGCUCGUCCAGACUGCGGCUCGGCCAGUCAACUACAAAGCGGUUUUUACUCCGAAAAACAUGGUCCUUGACAGGUUCUUGAAAAUAAAUUUGGCUCGCAAAAUUUGUUUAAUGGUCCUGCUGCUGAUUUGGGCUCUUUUGACCAAUGAGUAUGCUGACCACUGCUCUUUAGUAUGUGAACGUAAAAACUCAGGGGCAUAUUGGAUAGGCGAGGGCACUAUGUUUUUCCUAUUAAUGAGGGUGGGGGAAGGUGGGUUCGUCACCAGCACGGAAAUACGUGUUAGUGGACUAGUGUGUUGUCACUAUGUCGUGUUCAAUAUGUCUACUACAGCGACCUCUUUAUGAAAACACAAAGCAUUAGUAUACGGUAUACGAUAAAUGCGAAGCAUUGUGGUGAUAUUUGUAUAGCCUUAAUAAUAAUAAUAAUAAAAAUAGACCUAAUUAGAAUUCGUGGGUUUCAGAUUUUCAUGUGACAGUUGGCUCUAUAAGAGACUGUCAGGAAUCAGGAUAAUUAUUGUAGAAUUUAUGCCUACAUGUAGGUGCAUUCUGGUGCCCCCCCCCUCCAACCCAAUCAAAACUCAUACGCAUCCUCAGCGAGUAAGUCAUAUUUGGAUGGCCCUUUAAGUUGGCAAGGCGUGCAGCUGGGGGCGAGCUAGGAAUCAUUGUUAACUUUUUCAUUUUUAUUUGAAAUGUUAUAUAUGGGCUGUCCAAACAGCUCUGGCGCUAGAAUUUGGCUGCAUUGACCUAUGUGCACAUUGCGUGAUUUUAAUGUUACCAUUAUCAUUAAUGGAAUCGGCAAUCAUUCUUGUUUUCGGUUCCGUAGUUGACCUCACUUAGUAUUUUACGAUAUGACCUCGACAAAAAGAAAGGCUCGCGGAAUGGGCGAUGAAGAAGAAACUUCUCUUUCUACCGAUAAACAUCCGAUUCAACAACAGAAAAAGAAAGUUUAUCAGCAGAUAGUCUUGCUUGAAUAUCAGACUAAAUUGACUGGGUUGCGUUCUUCGUCGAAUGGUCCAUCAUGCGCGCACUGCACAAUUACACAAUCUGCAAGUCGGACUUUUCAUGAACAAUCUAUCAGGGACAAAAGGAGUGGUGUUGAUUUAGGAAAUUUUGGGUUUGGCGUGGGUGUAAAUACUUAAAACUAAACAAUCGACACCGGGACAUUUCCGUAAUGGCAGGUGGGGGGGGGGGGGCUGUUCCUCGGCAGAAAGAACGUACGUUAUUUAAAAAAUCUACAAUAUUCAUCUCCUAACUCUGAAAAAUCCAAAAAUAGCAUUCUAUUUAUAUCUCGAAUGCUGUACAGUACCACCCAAUGUUUUGUAGGAAUUAUUGCGGUGAUGUUGUCAAGAUGUAUUUUCACCAAUAAACUCGCUAGCAGUAGUAGAGAAGUUACAGUUGUGUUUUAGUCAUGAGUGUUCAGCGCGCGUGUGACGCAUAUUUCGUUGGGCUACGCCAGUGGUUCUUAUAAUUUUGUUUCCCGGCGCAUAUGUCAUAUUAGGUUUUCGCCAGGGUUUCCUGGAUGAAAUUCUUACAAGUACACUUCGAAAUAGGGAAUACACAAAUAAAAUAAAGGGUGGGAUAAAAAUAAAUAUAUCGUUUAUGGAGGUCACAAACAUGGAGGUAUCUAUAGCAGAUGAAGGUCUUCAAAAUGAAGUGACCGCAGUUUGCAGUUAACGUCAGUCGAAUACUGAUUACCUUCAGUUCCAUUUUUUGACAAACCGCUGAACUGGAUGCCACUGACACACGCUAUACCAGUAGUUACUGUAGACAUUAUAUAUUAUAUAUAAUGUAUAUUUAUUUAUUUACUAUUAAAAUACUGUAUUGUACGAUUUUGAGACGAUUUUGUACGAUUUUAGGAGUUUGAGGGUAAACAGGUCUGGAACCACCAAUUUUAACUCUCCAUCUUCCAUUUUAUAAGAAAGUCAAUGCAUUUUUUAAAAACUCGGGAACAGUUUCAAAUUUUAAGACAUUCGUGCUAUUAAGUCACACCAAGUGUCGUUUCGACACCCAGUAUAAUACUAUCUUUUAAAAUAACUAAGUUGGAAAUUUCAAAUCUCUUGCACAUACAGCUGGUUAAACAUAUUAAUAUAAUGACAUAUAAAUUUAAAAAACUUAAUUUUUUUCUGGGUUUUCACAAAGAUGUAAAUAAAAAAUGUAUUCAUACAAAUACAAAAAUGAUCAGUUUAUGUAAUGGGAAACAAGUCAAUUUUUGUUUACUUUAUUAAAAUCUUAAAAAAUUAACUAACUGAGUUAGAAAUAUAUUUUAUAUUGUGUUAAAGGAAAUUUAAAGUUUAUUGUCAAAUUAACCGUCAGAGGAUAAAUUAUAAUGAAAUAAAAUUAUAAUGAACUAGAAUUAUCUUAACUGAGCAUGUUCACAUAAAAUUAGAGUUUUAUAGAAUUUUUGAAAAAUGACAGAAAUUUAAUCAAGUAAGAUAUCUAAAUACAAUUUUGACUAUAUUGUAGAAACUGAUGUUUUUAAUUGGAAAUGAACAGGCUCAGGUUUAAAAAUACAAAUAAUCCUCUAGAAAUAUUUUUAUAAAUAAUGUACUUUCAAACCCAAAAUUAAGAAUAUACGACACAAUUAAUUUGUAUAAAUUUAGUAUUGGUAUAGAAAGCUAUUAUUCAUCACUUAGAGAAAAAAUUGUAUGACAAAGUAGAUAAACCUAUAAUAUAUAGGUUAUUUGAAGUCUGAUGCCUCUAUUUGCAUGUCUCAAUAUGUUUCGGAACAUUUCCUUACACUAGUUACACUGGUUUCAGGAAAAGGAUGGAUAAGCACUUGUCUUUGACUUAGAUAGACCUAUUAAAAGUAUCAAAAUAUUUUUUAUACAAUGAUAAAGAAUUAGGAGACUUAUAUAUAUUAUGCUAAUAUUGUUUUCAUGUAAAUUUUUAACAAAAUAUCUUUGAUGUUAAAAUAAUUAAAUUUAAAAAAUCAAAGUCGCCUCAAUUGAAUAUUUCAGAAAUUAUUAAGCAACAAGAUUACUACUACUAAUUAAUAAUAAGUCUAACACAUUCAUUUCCAAAGGGGUCCUCAAAGAAAAUUAUUAAUACUAGCACAUUAAUCCAGAUAAAUUUCACUACUUGUUUUAAAAUGUUCCACAGGUGAAUAAUAAUUAUUAGCACAUCUGUCAUCUUUCAAAUGAAUAUUUAUUAGUGUUCUUAUAUAGCCCUGUACCCCAGCCUAGUACAUAUUAACAACUUAAGUUUAAAAUUUAGAUGAUGUCCUUGUAGACUACUUAUUCAGUCUAAGUUAAUGUUAAUGGCUCAGGUACUCAAAUGACUAGAUAAUAGCAAAAUUGUGCUUGAACUCUGAAAUAAAGAUGAAUGUAUGCAGCUUUAAAUUUUUAUGUGUAGGUUUUACUCCUUGAUUUUAUUGAUACCGGUAUGAGAAUCACUGAUAAUGUCGCUUUUUUCUAUUUUAUAAAUACACAUAAUUGCUUGCUUUUUUGUAAUGAAUAAGUUGCAACACCACACCAAAUUUAAUUUAUGAUGUAUCUUUAACAUUUAAUUUGUUAUUAUUUUCACUCCAAAAAUGUAACAUUAUUGAAUUUAUAUGGGUACAAAAAUAACAUCUUACGUUUAAAAUAGUUAUAUUUAAAGUAGAAGAUGCUAUUGCUGCUUUCAUUUAUUAAUAUAUAAUUUUUUCAAGAGAAUCCUGUAAAUAUGAACAUUUACGUUGAGAAAUAUCCCAGAAAUAUGAGUGGAAGGGAUGAGCUAAAAAAUGUGUCACAGAGUGUGGAGACAAACUCAGUUUAAAAAAGUGUACUUGAGGUCUGCACUAAAAAAUUCAUAACUAUUGCACUAAUUGAGCUAGAAAGUUAAUCUUGUGUUUUUUGUAAACCUUGCCUUUUCGCUCUAUUCAACUGCUUUGGCUUUAUAUUUUUAGAAAUAUUUUGAAAAUUUUACCAAGGUACCUUACUUAGGAAAUAAUAAAAAAAAUCUUUGAUAUCACAGACAGUGAUAGUUGCUAAGGCCUAUAAUUAGAUAUAUAAAUAAGCUAUAUGGACUGUCGGAAUUUCAGUAUAAUUAAAAAUUGCAGAAUUACUGCAUAAAUGUAUGACUGGUCUAGGGUAGGGCAAGGCGCAUCUUAUCUUAAACGUAUUACAUAAUGGUAUGAAUGUCAUGUUGUUGUUUUUUUUACUUGCCACUCUCUCUCUCAGCUCCCUUACACUUCCUUUAUCUUCUUUCCUCUGGCUGUUAAUAAAUUAUGUUUCUUCUUCUUUGCCUUUUCUCCUCAGAGUGUAAUUUUCUGGAUUCUAAUUUAGUUAUUUUAUUUUUCAGGUAAGCUUCGCUAUGCCAAUAACUCAAAUUAUAAAAAUGACACGAUGAUCAGAAAAGAGGUAAGUAGUUACAUAUUAUGUUUCAAUCGGGAGCAUUAUAAAAAACAAUAAUUUGUUAACAUAUUAAUCUAGCUGUCUGUUAUGUUAUAAAGAAAAGCAAGAUACUUUCUGUUUAAAAAAUAUUUCUGAGGGAUAUUUCAUUUUUUUUAAAUUAUUUUAUUUCAAAUCAAAUGUAUUUUCCUACUUAACUGUUCUGGUUUGAUGUAAAUAUUUUGUUUCAAUUAUAGGCAUUUGUUCACAAAUCUGUAAUGGAGGAACUUAAGAGAAUAAUUGAGGAUUCUGAAAUUAUGCAGGAGGAUGAUAGUGCUUGGCCAUCACCUGACAGAGUUGGAAGACAGGUUAGGAAAAAUAUGGGCCAUCAUUUAGGUUCUUUAUUGGUUCUCUGUCUGUCUCUUAAUAUUGGAAUAAUCAACCAUUUGCCUAAAAAUUAUCUCAUACAUAAAGUAGUGUAUUUCCUAAUCAUUAACCUAUUGUCCUGUGUGUUGAUACGUUGUCAUUCAAAACAGGCAGAUCAGGAUCCAGUGCAUAAUUAUUGGUGCAGUGAAGUUAACUUAAUUCCUAGGUUAAUUUACUUAUAUACUUUACUCUCUUGUGCCCCGCCUGGGGCAUAGGCCGGCUACAGAAGUUUUCCAUUAAUCUCGGUUUAAAAAUCUCGGUCUUUCCUUUCUAGUUGCUUCUCAUACCCCAAGUUUAUCCCAUAGUUUAUUUGUCUGCCUCUAUGUGGUGUCUCCAUGAUUUCUCUGGCCUUCUUCUCUUCUUUUUUCUCUGUGGAUUCCAUGUUAGGGAUUUUCUGGUCAUGUUAUCUGGGGGUUCACAGAUAGUGUAACCUAUCCACCUCCAUCUUUUCCUUAUGAUGCCCUCAGUAAUGUGCUCUUGGUGUGUCCUUUCAAGAAAGUUUUUGUUGGUGAUGAUGUUUGGCCAUUUGAGGUUCAGGAUCUUUCUAAGGCAAGUGUUUAUGAAGGUCUGUACUUUUUGCGGGAUGCUUACUGUUGUUCUCCAAGUUUUGGCUCCAUAGCGUAGGACUGUUCAGAUAUUAGUUUUGAAAAUUGUGACUUUGGUUUGCAGAGUCAGCUCCUUUGAUGGGGCUACCCAAGUAUGUGUAGGUCUCCACAUCUUCCAGCUUAUUCCCUGCAAAAGAGAUAUGCUUUUGUUUAGCUGAGUUUACCUUCAUGAUCUUUGUCUUGCUUUUAUUUAUAUAUUGAGUCCAAGCUGUGCUGAAAUUGUGUCUACAUCUUUUGUCUUUUUCUGCAUUUGUAUCUGGUUUUUGGACAGAUGUUCAACGUCAUCUGCAAAGUUUAGGUCAUUCAGUUGUUUCCAGAGUGUUCACUGUUUCCCAUUCCACUUUUUUUUCACUAACCAGUCAAUGGCAAGGAUGCAUAGAAAAGGGGAAAAGAGACAUUCUUGUCUGACUCCUGUUUCCUUUUUAAAGGCAUCUCAUUUCUGCAUAAGAGCUCUGAUUGAUCCUGGUUAGUUUUCCUUUCUCCCUAUAAUGUCGGAGAAGUUUCCACAAUGUUUGUCAGUCCAGGCCCAAUUUCCCAAUUUUAAGCUGCUUGAUAGCCAGGGCUAUUUCUUCUUUAUUUGGGGCACUGUCUUGUAUUUUUAAAUCUUCAUUUUCUGGUUUUAUAUCUGGUGUGUCUAGGUCUGUUUAGUAAUUUCUUUAAGUAUUUCACCCAUCUUUUUGGCUGUUCUUUUCGUUCUGUUAUAGAUCUACCCUCCUUGUCUUAAUAUCAGACUCUCUGACUUCUUGUAUCUUCCUGAGAGCUUUCUUGUUAUAUCAUACAGCUCUUUUGGGUUCCCCUUUCUGGCUGCUUCUUCUGCUAUUGAUGCUAGACCAUCUAUGUAGGUUCUUUUUUCCUUUUUAAUACUAAUCUUUACCCUUCCAUUCUAUAUAUUUCUCCUGCACACUUUGUUUUUUCUCGUCCAUUUUUGCAAAAUGUUUGAAUGAGAGCCAAUCUUUGUGUUUUUGCUUCACUGGUCCUAAUUCCUCAUUGCAUUUGGAUGUUACGGACAUCUUUAUGUUUUACCAUUGAAGUUCUAUCUGGUUAUCAUCUGUUUGGUCUUGCAGUACCUGGAACUUAUUUCUCAUGGCGAAAGUUAAUCCUUAUUGUUUUGAAUGUUGGGCUGGAGUGCUAUGUUGUAUUUUAGUAGUCUAUCAGCUGGGUCUUCCAUGUUUUUCUUCAGUUUUAGCUGGAGUCUUGCCCAAACUAGAUGGUGAUCAGAUGCAACAUCAACUACUCUUUUAGCUUGUACAUUUUGUAGAGACCUUCUGAAUUUUUUGCUAAUACAUGCAUGGUCUAUUUGGGUUUCUGUUCUGUUAUCAUGGGACAUCAAGUUACCUUGUGGAUAUUCUUAUGCUGGAAUACGCUGCCCCCAAUAAUGAGCUCAUAUGCAGAACUCUGCCAGUCAUUCGCCAUUUUCAUGUAGCUCUCAUAUACCAUGGUACCCCAUAAUUUCUUCAUAAUUUAGAUCUCCCAUUAUGAUAUUUAGAUCUCUACCUGGAAAUUUUUCUAGUAUGGCUUGUAGUCUAUUGUAGAAAGCUUCUUUUUCAUCCUCCUUACUAUCAUUAGUGGUUCACUGUUUAACAUUCAUAUUUAUUUUCUUCGUUUUGAUUUUGAAAGUUGCUGUAAAAAUUCUUGGUCUAUGGACUUCCCAUCCUGUCAAAACCCCUUGGUGCCACCGUGUCAUCAUGAAAGCGACUCCCAUUUUCAUCAUCAUGAGUAUAUUAGUUAAUAUGAGUGCUUCUCCUGAGGCCAUUGUUAACUGUCCAGCUUGUUUGACAUGCUGAGCAGUGUGAGCUUGUAUGUUCUCAUUUCUGCUUUGAGGCUUCUAGUAUAAUCUGGCUUUGCCUGCAAGGCUUCAUAACUCUUCUUGGGUAAAAGCACUCUCUUAUCAUGGCUGAAAUAGUUGAUUCUUUUCUUCUUGUUGACGUUUCUAUUACAGUUUGUUUUUUACAGGUGAGGUAGCUGGCCUCAAACCUGCUCCUUUUGCACCUGUGCUUGGGACCGGCGAUGGCAGAGUUAUUUACUGAUAUAAGUUGACAUAAAAUCUAAAAGAUUACUGUUUUAACAAGUCAUCAAGCUUAUUUGCCUUUCUUUUUUUUUUUUUUAAAUCUACAUCUUUGUCAGGAACUGGAGAUAGUGAUUGGUGAUGAACACAUUUCUUUCACAACAUCAAAGAUUGGUUCCUUGUUGGAUGUUAACCAGAGCAAGUAAGGCUUAAUUAAUAAAAUUAUGUCCCUGUUUCAAAUUUAAUGUUUACCAUACAUAUUAAUGAUACCAAUGGGUGUUGCAUUCUUAACAGUUCUUAAGUAAAACAUAAGUCAUGCAUCGUAAGAAGAGUUGCUAGUAUUUUUAUUUUUUUUAAGUUUUAACCAAAAAACAUUAGACUAGCCCUGUAAACAAAUAAUUAAAUUUCUCAAAUAAUUCUACACAAAUGUUUUAAUUUUAAAAAUUCCAGAGAUCCAGAUGGUUUACGAACAUUCUACUACCUUGUACAAGAUUUGAAAUGUUUGGUUUUUUCACUUAUUGGUCUCCAUUUCAAGAUAAAGCCAAUUUAAUUGCUCACCUGUUGUCAUUGACUGGUAUUCAUGAUAAUGUCAUUGAGCAAUGGACCAUCACAUUCAUUUUGUUAUUCUCAUUUCAUUAUUUCUGUAUAAUAAAUUCGUCCCUAUUUUAAAUUGUGUUUAGUGUUUCUCUCUGAGUGUGUAAUAU